AUGGGGGCGGUGGCCAGUGCAUUGAAAGAAGAAGUCAUCGCCUAUUCCUACUUGGCGAGAUUGGUGAAACAACUCUUGUUGGACCCGACGGUUCGGUCCAAAACGACCCUGCUGACCUUCUUCAGUGGCUUUAUGUCAAUUGCCGUGGACGAGAUGAUCCACCAGUCACAGUGUAGAACGUGUGAGGAGGUCUUGGAGAACGUCUAUGGCAAAGACUUGUUUGCAUUGCAAGGUAAAGUUGCGCUGAUCACGGGGGCGAGCAAUGGCCUUGGCCUGGAAAAUGCCAGGUGCCUGAUGAAAUACGGCUGCCAUGUGAUUUGGGCUGUGCGCAGUCCAGACAAAGCAGCCUCAGUGUUGAACCAGCUUGAGAAAAAGGAGAAGCUCACUGGCAAGGCGACGAUUCUGAAGAUUGAGCUGUCGGAUUUGAGUAGCGUGAAGCCCUUCGUUGAGUCUUUUUUAGCUCUAAAUCUGCCACUGCACUACCUCAUUUGCAACGCAGGGAUCAUGUCACCAACAGAGUGGCUGCCGUCUAAGCAAGGCUUUGAGCUUCAGUUUGCCACCAACAAUUUGAGCCAUUUCCUCUUGACGGAGCUUCUUAUGCCGAAGUUGAAGGAGACAGCCAAGACCGGUGAGGUUCGCGUUGUGAUUCUGUCAUCCUUAGCAGGAUUAACCUCCUUGCUCUACAAUGGCAUGACCAUGGCCAUGUUCCGGAAGCCUGUAACGAAAGGUGCUGCAACCACCAUGUACUGUACAGUGAGUCCAGAUGUCACCGAACAUAGCCAGAAAGGGGCCACGCUCCGGAGAAGCCCAUCUCAAGGCCUGGGCACAGCGAGACGGAAGUCGCUGGAGACCUGCACCGCUUGGAGGCAACUGGGCGAUAAGGCGGCGCCCUUGCUUCAGGCUGCUCCCUUCUUGAACAAGCCGCUGGACAUGGCCAAGGGUUGGUUUCAGCCCGCUUGA